AGUCGGGUGUACCCAAUGUGUCGUCGUCGUUACUGCUGGAUGUUGUCAUGUGAAUGUAUUGCAUUUGCAGUGUCUGUGUGGACAUAAACUUGAUAUACCUGCUGGUUGGCUGAUGGCCAUGUUAUGGACAGUAGUUUUCAUGUAAUGAGAUCUCAUCAGCAGACUAUGAUCAAGUUGUUAACACCCAGAAUGUGUGUGGGUAAUUGCCAUCCUGUUGCUCCGCAUCAGGAAAACGUCAGUAUGGCUCCCAAGAAUGUAAUUAUGGAAACGACUCCAUCAGAGGACAUGCUAACAGGAUCCUCUGAAGUGGAGCCAGUCAUCACAGCAGAAACACAUGCUCAGAAACGCCCCCCUAUGAAGAUAGUAUGGAGGAAUGUAGUGUUGUUUGCCCUGCUGCACCUGGCUGCCGUGUACUCGCUGCUCCUCGUCCCCCAGGCUCACUCGUACACCUUGCUGUGGUGUGCAUUCAUGUAUCUAUUUGCGGCUCUGGGCAUCACAGCAGGGGCACAUCGCCUGUGGGCACACCGUUCCUACAAGGCAAAAAUGCCACUACGUAUCCUGCUUGCAAUCAUGGAUUCUGCUGCCUUUCAAAACUCUGUAUUUGAGUGGAGUCGUGACCACCGAUGUCAUCACAAGUACUCCGAGACUGAUGCCGACCCUCAUAAUGCUAAGCGAGGGUUCUUUUUUUCCCACAUGGGAUGGUUGAUGGUGAAAAAACACCCAGAUGUCAUAGCCAAGGGAAAACAGCUGGAGAUGGCGGACCUUAAAGCUGAUCCUGUUGUCAGAGUCCAGGAAAAAUUUUAUGUUCCAUCUGUGCUGCUAUUCUGUUUCAUUGUGCCAAGUGUGGUACCUUGGUAUUUCUGGGGGGAGGGCCUGUUUGUCUCCUUCUACCUUGCUGCCAUCUUGCGUUACUGCCUGGGACUGAAUGCCACAUGGUUGGUGAACAGUGCUGCACACAUGUGGGGCAUGAGGCCAUAUGACAAGCGCAUCAAUCCAGCAGAAAACAUGAUGGUGGCCCUGAGUGCUGUAGGGGAGGGCUUCCACAACUACCACCAUACCUUUCCUCAGGACUAUGCAACCAGUGAGUUUGGCUGGAAAAUCAACUUAACUACUUUCUUUAUUGACACCAUGGCAUAUCUGGGACUAGCUUAUGACCGCCGCAAGAUUCCUGAUGAUGUUAUCCGAGCAAGGAAACUGAGGACUGGGGAGGGUAGUCCUUGACGGAAGAAUGUGGACAAAGAUUGCUGGGCUUUGUAGGAGUGAACACAAGCAGCAGCAAUGGUAGAAAGUCUCUUGUAUUAUGUGAAAAAAAAGUGCACUAUUAUUUCACCUUUCCUGACAGAACUAUUGCCAAUACAGUGACUGAAUAAAAUGUCAUUGAGACAUUGGCUUGCUGUAUGCUGGAAAGUCACUUUGCCAGAAACAAUCAAACAUGCCAAAUUUAUAAUUAUCACAUGUAUUAUUACAUGUAAUCAAAUCAUUGAGCAUUUAAUCUAAAUAAGGAUGAAAGUCGAAAUAUACUUCAACUUCACGUUGAGAACUUGCUUUCCAUGUCAGGUCCGUUUUGGAAGAGUCACAAUGUCACUAGUAUGAAUAUGAUGACUGUCACGAUGAUAACCAAGUUAUUUUGUUUUGAUUGUAUCUAAAGCAGUUUGCCACUAGUUCAACAGAAAUGGUAGAUUGUAAGUGGAACCUCUUUGCAGUACUCAUGGUUUGAGGUCCAUUGUAUAUAUGGUUGGUACAUUUGAGAAAAGACAGUUACUAGUCUGACUGGGCAUGAACUCAACUUACCAAAAUUGAAGACAAUUUGUUCAAAAAGAAAUUAUUUCAUGAGAUGAACUGUUUGAAGGAAGAUAUUGCCAGCAAGGUCAAACUAUCAGGCUUGGAUCUGGCUAUGUAUGUAGCCCUGAUUGAGCUUGCUUUUCUUGAAUGAUUGUUAUUUUCCCUCAUUAUAUCAUGAGGUCAAUCAUGUUUAGCAGACAGUUCCAGCAGACAGGAAUCCACCUGGGCUGCUUCGGAGAAAAUGAAUGAGAUGUUCCUCCAAGUGUAUCGCUGUCAUGAACACUCUGUAUGUUGAAUAUACCUCGGACCCAGGAACAGGAUAGUUCUGGUCCAUAAACAGUAUCACCAAGAGUCACAAAGUGACUUAGUCAAGGGUAUGCCUGUGAGUGGUUAGCAUGUUUGAUUGAAGUCUAAUAUGGAGACCUAUUUGAAAUGACACAUUGCUGUACUGUUGUUAAAUGUUAUCAAUGAGUAUUAGUCCAAGAACAAAAGCCAGAAUUCUCAACCACUGGCAAAUUAUUUCAAAAUGUCCUGCAUCCGCUUCUGUGCAUAUACAGAUAUUCUAAAUCUAAAUAUGUGAAAGCUGGAGUUUGUGAGUUCUGGUGUUGUAGAUGCCCUUCAGAUUGUGUACAUUAGUUUUGUUUUGGACAGCUGUCCAUGUUUGUAUUGUUCCAGUUGCUACCUGCUAUGUGGUUCUCAUCACCUCAGCAUGCUUAUGCAUUAACACCUGGGUGUUUGUCAACUUCCAGCAAUCAUGUGGUCUUGGUUUGCUGAUGUAAUAGGAACCAUGUAACAUCGUAGUUUGUUGUUUGAGUUAUUUGUAUCUUUGAUAGAUUUGCCUUUUUUUUAUUUAUUUCAUUGUCAUACUUUUGUUUAUUAAAUGAUUUCAUUGAGUUUCAGAAACAAUCCUGGAUAUAACAAAAUAAAGUGAUCAAAAGUAAAA